AUGGCCGUCCCCACGGCCGACCAGGAUCUGCGCAUUCGAAAUGUCACUCUUCACAGCCGAGAGCGCAAGGAACACGGCACCUUGCACCUAUACCGCCACCACCUUCAGUUUAGAUAUGACCCGAAUAACGGCCACGCGGCACGCGGCACUUUUUCCACUGGCAAGAGGCCGUCAGCGCAAGAUGGCAAGCUGUCCACCGAGAGCUCAGGGUUGACAGAGAGUUCAUCCACUUCAGCUUCAGGCGUCGUAGGCCCGCAAGGCGCAAGCAAUGUUGCUGGUGGAAGACCGAGCAUGUCGCAUGAGGUCAACGAAAGCACAGCAAAGCCACGUGAAGCGCAUCCUAAGCACCGCACCAAGGAGAUCUGGCUGCCUUAUCCCAUGAUCAACCACUGCACGCUUCGACCGAGCCAUCUCCAAAGCCAGGUAAUGAAGCCAAAAGACGAUUCUGGAUUUGUGCCUGUGGAAGACGACGACAGCAACCUCUUCCCACCAGUCUUUGGAACUUCUUCUUACGAACGGCCGUCAACCGAUUCAGCACGUUUGGCGCCUUUCUCCUCUCCUCAGCGGCCAGUGACGCCACUCACACAAGAAAGGGAGUCGUCUGUGAGGUUUGACAGUGGGCGUCAACCAGCCAUCCGCAUCCGAAGGAAGGAUCUGCAGAUGUUGGCGCUGCACUUUCACCCCUCAGAAUCUGGCAAGUCUGCGGACGAGACGGCGAGAAAGGUGUUCUUUGUGCUGCGCAGCCGUUGCUGUGUCGAGCGGGUAGAGAGUCUGCACGCAUUCCACUUCCACGCACCAGAGCCCGAGAUCAAACUGGGCAUGCGAGGCUACGAUGCGCGGAAGGAGUAUGCGCGGAUGGGCAUUGGAGAGAAGGCUGCUGACGGCCCAGGCACAGCAUGGAGAAUAAGCGACAUCAACCGCGACUACUCCUACAGUGCCACAUACCCAAGCGUUCUAUGUGUGCCCAAAACUGUGAGCGACAAUUUGCUCAAGUACGGAGGUGCAUAUCGUUCGCGAUCACGGAUACCUUGCUUGGCCUAUCUGCACUCCAAUGGCGGCAGCAUCACAAGGUCCUCGCAGCCGCUGGUGGGCGUGCAGAACAGGCGUAAUCCGCAAGACGAGCGCCUUGUAUCGGCCAUCUUCUCGAGCCACACACCACCCCUGCAGUCACCAGAGGACUCGCCACCGCAGGCUCCGUCUCUCUCGUCACCCUCCACAACCACUCUCGAUUCCGUGACCGCGGACUCAUCGCCAGAGGAGAGACCUGUCCCAUCCAUCUCGCUUAGCCGCAGCGAUCCGGCUCUGAACGAGAAGCUCAGCGAAGAGCAAGCCGCUCCACUGCGCAAGAAGAUCUACGGCAGCACACGAAGGAAUUUGAUCGUUGAUGCUCGACCAAAGAUUAAUGCGCUUGCGAACAGAGCGACUGGCGGCGGCAUUGAAGAUGUGACAAACUAUGCCAGCAACGGCGGCAUGCCGGUUGAGAAGGUCUUUCUCAACAUUGCAAACAUCCAUGUGAUGAGAACUUCUUUAGAGAAGGUCAUUGAGAGCUUUGCCAACUCUGACUAUCUCAACCUCAAACCGGACCAGGAACUGCUUCGAAAGUCUGGCUGGCUCGGCCAUAUUGCGAACAUGAUGGACGGGGCGGAGAUGGUGGCGAGGGUGGUAGGACUGGGUGGAAGUCAUGUGCUGGUUCAUUGCUCCGACGGAUGGGACAGGACUGCACAGAUCUCUGCACUGGCUCAGAUCAUGCUGGACCCCUACUACCGCACACUGGAAGGCUUCAUGACCCUCAUCCAGAAGGACUUCCUGUCUUUUGGCCACAAGUUCCGAGACCGCAACGGCAUCGAAGGUAGCGACAAGUGGUUCGAGAUCGAGAACGAGCGCAUCGCACCCUCUCGAACAAGAGACAGCAGCGCGGACCCCAACAGCCUGAACGCAAUCGGCGCCAAAGCCCUCAGCGGCGCGAAGAACUGGUUCGAGAAAGGCCGCGGCAGCCUCUUCCGCCAACCCAACACCAGCCAAGACAGUCUCGCCGACCCAGCCUCCUCCCGACCCUCCUCUCCACCUCCGAACCCGCUCCUGCACUCUCCACCACCCGCCACCACGAAAGAAGACAAAGACCACCGCGCCAACGAGAAAGAAAUCUCCCCCAUCUUCCACCAAUUCCUCGACGCCACCUACCAACUCCUCCACCACCACCCCACCGCCUUUGAGUUCCGCGACCAGCUGCUCAAGCGCCUCUUCUACCACACCUACGCCUGCCAGUACGGCGAAUUCCUCUUCAACUCGGAGAAAGAACGUUCCCAAUACGCUGGCAAAGUACCCUCAGUAUGGCCGCAUCUCAUGUCCCGACGCAAAGACUUCAUCAACCCGGACUACGCGCCCAAAGACGACGACGCACUCCUCUUCCCCACCCGCCGCGGCAGCGACAAAGAAAUCCAAGUCCGCUGGUGGCACUCCCUCUUCCUCCGCAGCGACGAGGAGAUGAACGUCCCCCGCGCCCUGGCACCCGCGGACCCCCCCGCUAUGACCGCCAACUUCGGCUCCAGCGUCUCCUUCGACGACCAAGCGCUCGAUCCCGAGAAGUCUGACGGCGCGAACAGCGCUUCGAACGGCAGUCUACGGGAAUCCAAGUCCGCGCCUAACCUCGAGAAAGUCGCAGACGACAGCACAACGGACAGCUUCGCCGCUCUCAACAUCGACGGCCAAGCCGAUGUCAAAGCCGCUGCUGCUACGGGACAGAUCGCCCCGCGGAGCCAGGAUGCGGAUGCAGGGCGUGAGGAUAAGCAGCAGCAACCGGCGUAUAUUGAGCGGUCCCCCGUACUGCCUACGAUAGAAUCGAUGGAGUAUGAAGGGGAUCCUCUUGGUGUGUCGGCGAGUAAUGCACAGGGUGGAGGGAGUGAGAGGUUGGAUUUCGCGGCGUUUGCUCGGGGGAGUGCUUUUAGGGAUCGCUGA